UAGUGCUGCUGGCAGAAUAGUAGUCCAGGCGACGUACGUAGAGAAUAAAAGAUUGAACACCAUGCCUUUUGACUUUACUCUUGAUUCUUAGCAAAGGUGGGUGACUUUACUGGCUGGACAAAUGGGUCAAAUUCGAUCAACUGCGAUUCGUCCCAGAGAAACGCCAAACUGUUGAGGACUAAUUUCUUCAGUACUCGAGAAGAUUUGACACAACAGCGAUUUUCGCUCAUGCAUGAGUAUUUUGAUGGAAGAUUCCAUAUAAUUUCUUAUUCGACUAAAACAGGCCAGACGAACAAAAACAGUAUAAGCUUUCCAUUUCUAUAUGAGGAACAUUUCAGUUUUGUGAAAUGCCAGUAACCUAGGCAAAACCGGUUGAUGUACUGCCCGGUACGAGGAUAGAACUGUCGUCGUUUACCUUUACGAAAAAUAAGGGGAAAAAGGCCACCAAGUUGAAAAAUUAAGGUGUCAAUCUCAAGAACGAGACUGAAGAAUGGCAGCCAGUUUGUCAGCGGAGGAAGAACAGGCUACAAAGGAGUUUCUGGAGGAAAUCAACAAGUGGACCACUCAGCAUGGAGUGUCCCCCCUGUCCUGGGAAGUGGCCGUCAAGUUCCUCAUGGCGCGCAAGUUCGACGUGCUCCGGGCCAUCGAGCUCUUCCACAGCUACAGGGAGACCCGUCUGAAAGAGGGCAUUGUCAAACUACAGCCCCAGGAGGAACCUCUGCGCUCAGAACUGCUCAGUGGAAAGUUCACUGUGCUGAGUGUGCGAGACCCAUCAGGUGCCUCCAUAGCCUUGUACACGGCCAAACUCCACCACCCCAACAAGACAGGCAACCAUGUUGUCCUGCAAGCUCUUUUCUACCUCCUGGACCAGGCUGUGGAGAGCUUUGAAACUCAAAGAAACGGCCUGGUGUUCAUUUACGACAUGGCGGGCUCCAACUACACCAACUUUGAGCUGGACCUGAGCAAGAAGAUCCUCAACUUACUCAAGGGGGCGUUCCCUGCCAGGCUGAAGAAAGUGUUGAUAGUGGGUGCCCCUGUCUGGUUCCGCGUGCCCUACAACCUGCUGAGCCUGCUGCUUAAGGAGAAACUCAGGGAGAGGGUCCAGAUGGUCAGAAUGUCUGACCUAUGCCAGCACCUCCCACGGGACUGUCUCCCUGAGCACCUGGGGGGGCUGCUGCCCCUGGAUGCCCACGGCUGGAACCAGCAGCUUCUGGCUGGGCAGAACGGCCGUGUGGACCCCGUGGAUGAGCUGGUUGGCAUCCCCCUGGAGGACUCGUCGGUCCACAACCCUGGGCCUGAGGCCAUGCGUCUGCCUGAGUUCAUGGCCCACCUGGGCAGGCUCCAGCGCUCAGGCAUCCACCUGGAGUAUGAGGAAAUCCGCAAGGAGCAACCACCUGGGACAUUCCAUUGUGCCCUUACUGCAUACAACCAGGAGAGGAAUCGCUAUGGGGAUGUCCUGUGUCUUGACCAAACAAGAGUUCACCUGAAAACCAGAAGAAACGAGAGAUCAGAUUACAUCAAUGCCAGCUUCAUGGACGGCUACAAACAGAAGAAUGCGUACAUCGGUACUCAAGGACCACUGGAGAAAACCUAUGGGGAUUUCUGGAGGAUGGUCUGGGAGCAAAACGUGCUAGUCAUUGUCAUGACAACAAGAGCGGACGAGGGAGGUCGGAAGAAGUGUGGUCAGUACUGGCCUCUAGAGGAAGGCGGCCAGGAGGUGUAUGGUCACAUGGCUGUGGUCAACCAGAGGGUGGACAAUCACUCCCACUACAACCAGACCACCCUGGAGCUGCACAACAUGGAGAAUUGUGAGCAGAGGCAGGUGACCCACUUCCAGUACCUGAGCUGGCCCGACUACGGCGUCCCCACCUCGGCCGUGACACUCAUUGACUUUCUGGGGGCUGUCAAGAGGCAGCAGAGGCGGUCAGUGAAGACCAUGGGGCCCCAGUGGAGGGGCCACCCCUUGGGACCCCCCAUGGUGGUUCACUGCAGUGCUGGCAUCGGCAGAACAGGUACCUUCUGUGCCCUGGACAUCUGUCUGUCCCAGCUGCAGGAUGUGGGGACGCUCAACGUGUGUCAGACGGUGCGGCGGAUGAGAACGCAGAGGGCCUUCACCAUCCAGACCCCAGACCAGUACUACUUCUGCCACAACGCCAUCCUGGAGCACGCUCAGAGACAGGGCCUGCUCUCAGCCAAUCAGUGAUGCCUGGGGGUCGCCUCAUAGUUCUCACGGCCAAUCUGUGAUGCCCUGGAUGUUGUCGUAGCCUAUCAGUGACCCUUCUCGCAGCCAAUCUGUGAAUCCAGGGGACACUUUGUAGCCAAUCAGCAUGCCCACUUCUAGCAAAUGCCAUCACUUCUUCCCUUUUUAAGAGGCCUUUAAGACCAACUCAUUCCUCCUUCUGACUCUGCCACUUCUGACAGAGCCACAGUUGUGAUGAAAAAUGUUAGAUAGUAAGACAUAAUAACAUACAAGACACAGCAACCUGGCAACAAAUGUUGUCAGUUUUGUGUCUUCUGAGGAAGAUUUUGAAUCAUUAUGUGACCGUUAUCUGUGUCUAUGCGAGUCUGUCGUUAGUGUUGUGACGCACAUCAUUCGCUUUGGUGUCUUGUGUGAUCCAGAUACUUAGCAGUAACCGAUGACAUGAACUUUGCGUUCAACUUCCUUUUUUAAGAACCUAUCACAUCUGUGACCAGUUCAGUGGUCUUUGAGAAGGCUUUUUCUCUUGCUCUCUCCCUCUCUCCAUCCUCUACCUGUGAAAGCAGAGAAGAAUGGUAUUGGAGAAGAAAGUAAGAAUAGUUUUUUUUCAAUGGUCUUUUGCCUCUUGGUAUUGUCGUUGUGACCUUAGCGAUACAACUAUACUUGGCAUACAAGCAUUGAACCCCUCCUGGGAUGACCCCCCCCCCCCCCCCCCCCAACUUCCCCUGGGCCAUUGAAUCGAAUGGCUACAUGUAGAAGUUGCCCCUGAGAUGCAUGUGGACUUCUCAUCUUACCCUACCCCCAAUCCAAGCCUCAACCAUUGAGAGUUAAAAUGCAUAGAUGACCUUAAAUUCAACUUUAAGUAAUACUAAACACAUUAAUGUUUUUGUGAGCAGCUGAUAAAGUUGGUAUCUCAAUGCAUUUCCUACAGAUCUAAUAAUUAAGAGCUGGCCUCCUGACAACACAUGAACCAUCUGCCUUCACUCUGUUAUUGUAAGUCAUUCACAUUGGCUGUUCAAACGUUCCUUGUGAAAAUCUUGUAGUGAUCGUGACAUUAAAUGUUUGGUCGCCGCUGCUUUCACUCAGUAGUUGUUCCGUAUGCUUCAGUUGUGUCAUGUACGUCUAUUGAGCCUCCUAUGCUGCGAUGGACCUGGUGUAGGAAGGCCAUAACCCUGCUUCCGCUUUAAGACACCAGUCCUAGACCUCACCUCAGUAAAGUGCAAUAGACUUUUAUACACAGCCAUGUUGAAGCACUUUGUGCUUUUAGAGAUUACAGUUCUUGUGUUGGUAAAGUGCAUUUAAGGUGAAAUUACAAUUGUAGGAGAUUGUAUACGUGUGAUAUACGGUGCCUUCAGAAAGUAUUCACACUUAUUUACUUAUUCCACAUUUUGUUACAGCCUGAAUUAAAUAUUUUUUUUUUCUCACCCAUCUACACACAAUACCUCAUAAUGACAAAGUGAAAACCAUGUUUUGUUUUUUUUAUUACAUUUUAUUGAAAAUUAAAUACAGAAAUCGAAUGUACAUAAGUAUUCACACCCCUGAGUCAAUACUUUGUAGAAGCAUCUUUGGCAGUGAUUACAGCUUUAUGUUUUCUUGGGUAAGUUUAAGAGCUUUGUACACCUGGAUUUUACAAUCUUGGUAAGCAACUCCAGUGUAGAUUUGGCCUUAUGUUUUAGGUAAUUGUCUUGCUGAAAGGUGAAUUUGUCUACCAGUGUCCUUUGGAAAGCAGAGUGAACCAGGUUUUUCUCUAGGAUUUUUUUAUUUGCUUAUAGCUGUAUUCUGUUUCUUUUUAGCUUAAACUCCCUUGCCAAUGACAAGCAUACCCAUAACAUGAUGCAGCCACCACCAUGCUAGAAAAUAUGAAGUGGUACUCAUUGAUGUUGGAUUUUCCCCAAACACAAAGUUUUGUAUUCAGGGAAAAAGUGAAUUUCUUUGCCACAUUACUUUAAGUGCCUUGUUGCAAACAAUGUACAUGUUUUGGAAUUUGCGUAUCCUGUACGGGCUUCCUAUUCACUCUGUCAUUAGGUUAGUAUUGGGAAAGGGGGAUACCUAGUCAGUUGUACAACUGAAAUGUGUCUUCAUUGUGGAGUAACUACAAUGUUCCAUUCUCAUAUUACAACCAUUAAAUUCUAACUGUUUUAAAACCA